AUGUAUCACUCAACCAACAACACACAUUUGCUACUCUACCCUUGUCCCGGCUACGGCCAUGUUAUCCCUUCACUCGAACUCGCCCACCACCUCCUCCGCCGCGGCCUCACCAUCACCGUCAUCAUCUCCGCCGCCGACCUCCCACUCAUUGACCCUCUCCUCUCCUCAUACCCUUGUUCUCUACACAGGCUUCUCUUCUCUUAUCCAAAAGUUCACCCAUCCCCACAACCCCUUAUAGCCAAAAUACUUUCAACACAACAACUAUUUGAUCCCAUUGUUAAAUGGUUCAAAUCCCAUCCUUCACCGCCUGUGGCCAUCGUCUCCGACUUCUUUCUCGGGUGGACUAGCGAUCUCGCUUCCCACCUAGGCAUUAAACGAGUAAUGUUUUCGACUUCUGGUGCUCUUGGUUCUUCCAUUUUUCACGCGUUAUGGCGAGACAUGCCCGAUAUUAACAAACAAAACAAUGACAAAGAUGAAAAUUUCUAUAUUUCCUUUCCGGAAAUCCCUAACGCGCCAAAAUUUCCUUGGUGGCACUUGCCACCAGCGUCGCGUUGUUUUAAAAACGGAGAUCAAGAUUUUGAAGCUUUCAGGACGACAAUAUUGGCUAAUAUGAGAAGCUGGGGAAUUGUGUACAACACAUUUGAAGGUUUGGAAGGGGUUUAUAUUGACCACAUUAAGAAACAAAUGGGCCAUGAUCGUGUUUGGGCCAUAGGCCCAUUACUUCCUGACGAACAUGGCCCAAUGAAUAGUGCAAGAAACGGGUCCAGUGCGGUCCCACCUCAUGACCUUCUCAUGUGGUUGGAUAGCAAACCUGUUGAUUCUGUAGUAUAUAUUUGUUUUGGUAGUCGAGCCACAUUAAGUGAGAAGCAAAUGUGUGCAUUGCUAGGCGCACUCAAGCUUAGUAACAUCAACUUUAUCUUUAGUGUGAAGGCAAGUGAUUCAAGCUCUAUGAUCCUUAGCGGGUUCGAAGACGAUAUGGUGGCCCGUCAAGGGUUCGUAGUCAAAGGUUGGGCCCCACAACUGGCUAUACUUAAACAUCGGGCCGUAGGCUCGUAUCUGACUCACUGUGGGUGGAACUCGAUUUUGGAAGGAAUUGCGGCAGGUGUGAUGAUGUUGGCGUGGCCAAUGGGUGCGGACCAAUUUGCAAAUGCUACACUACUGGUUGACCAGUUGGGAGCUGGGAAACAAGUUUGCGAGGGUGGGCCCGAGCUUGUUCCUGACGUGAACGAGCUGGCCCGAUUGUUGGAUGAGUCAUUGAAUGGUGAUUUGCGUGAGCGAAGUAAGGUUAAGGAGCUAAGCGAAGGCGCCAUGAAGGCGGUCAAAGAAGGAACAUCGAUAAGGGAUUUGGAUCUGUUUGUCAAGCUUGUAUCUGAGCUUUGA